AUGAAUACCGUAGUUCAUCUGAUAAAAGAAUAUUAUGCAAUAAUUUUUGUAGUUUUUGUUAUAAUCGGAAUACUUAUAACAGGAUUUUUAAUAUUUAAUGUUCCAAAUGAUAGUUUAGAUUUAUUAAAUAAGUAUCGUGAUGUGAUGGUUGCAAAAAUUAAAGCUUUAGAAAAUAACUGGUAUAAUUUCAAUAAAGAUGAAGAAGAAAAAAUAUUUAAAGAUGUUAUUUAUAUAAAAAGCAAGAAAAAUAAAGAUAAUUUUGUGAAAAAUUUAAUUAAUUUGAUAAAGGAAUUGGAGGUAUUAAAGGGAAUUAAAGAAAAAUUUGAUAAAGAAAUAGAUGGUGCUAUGUAUUUUAAUGAUUCAAUGAUUAAUGUUAAAAUUUCUGAAUUAAAGAAAUCAAUGGAUGAAACCUUUUUGUUUCAUAUAAGAAAAUUCGAAAAGGAAUCUUAUGGUUUUUCACUAAAAUUACUUAAUUAUUUCGUUGAUGAAAAUUAA